AUAAUCUUAUUGGUCAUCACUUGAAACUAAGAGGCAAGAAUUCCAAAAGUAAUGUAAGACUCAACACCUUUAGUCAAAGAUCUAUUCAUUACUGGACCAGUUUGGAAGAAUCAACAAUAGCUGCCACAAGUGUUCAUUUAAAUAGUUGCUAAAUUCUGAGAAAUGGAACAUAAAGAAGUUUAACCCAUCUGUAAAUUAAGUUAAAUUAACAAUUAAACUUUUACUAAGCGCACUCUAGAGAAGUUUUAACAAAAUAGUAUAUACCAGAGAGAGAUGCUAAAGAAGAGACCAUUUAUCAGAGGGGCCAUUACAGCAUAGCUAAAUUACGGCCCAACAGUCCAGGUAUCCAGAACAAGAAAGCGCUGUAUGCAGUUGUCUGUGAAGUGUUGAAGAAUGCCCCCAUAUUGAAGCAGAUUGCUGGCAAGUGUGAGGGUUUCCUGCGAGACAAGCAACUUAAACAUGAUGAACACUUGGCCUUGGUGCUGCUGUAUGAACACAUGUUUGGUAGGGGAGUGCGAGGCAGAUUCAAGGUGAUCAUGGCGAGACACAAGACAGGUCUUCAUGCAGCAUGUGAGAGACUGAAGAUAGAAGCUGGGGUUAGUGAUCUCAAACAGCUCUUAACAAACACACAACCUGAAGACUCUUUACCCAAGUAUGUCCGUAUCAAUACAUUGAAAAGUGACCUUACAACUGUGAAGAAAGCCUUUGAUGCCAAGUACAAGUUUCAGUGUAUGGACCUUCAAGAUUUCAGCCCACAGUGUCUGUGUGAGAUUCUUCAGCCCCAGACUGUUAUAGAGGACCCCCACAUCCCCAAUGUAUUGAUGUUCCCACCUGGCACUGACCUGCACACACAGCCAUUAUACAUGAAUGGCUCUAUAAUUCUGCAGGAUAAGGCAAGCUGUUUUCCUGCCCAUGUGCUAUCCCCACCCCCUGGCUCCAUGGUGAUAGACUGCUGUGCUGCCCCGGGCAACAAAACCACACACCUGGCAGCCAUACUCAACAACAAAGGGAAGGUAUAUGCCUUUGAUAAGGAUCCCAAACGACUGGACAUUUUGAAGAAGAUGGUGGGUAAAGCAGGAGUCACGUGUGUCGUCCCUCGCUGUUUGGAUUUCCUGCGCACUGACCCACAAGACACUCAGUUCAAGGAUGUUGAAUACAUUCUGGUCGACCCCUCCUGUAGUGGUUCAGGAAUGUUGCAAAGAACAGACGAGAAUUCCACGACAUCAGUCGAGCGGCUGCAACAGUUGUCAAAAUUCCAAAUCUCCAUACUAAAACAUGCACUCAGAUUCCCAGCUGUCAGAAGGGUCGUCUACUCCACGUGUUCAAUCCAUGAAAUGGAGAAUGAACAAGUAGUCCAGGAAGUGUUCUCUCAAGUGAGUGACAGAUUUGAAAUUGGUCACGUGAUGCCCCACUGGCCAAUGAGAGGUCUCGAUACCUACCAGCAUGGUGCUAUGUGCGUCAGAAUGUCACCUGACAAGACUCUGACCAAUGGGUUCUUUGUGGCUUGUUUUGAACGCAGGAACGAGCUAAGUAAUAAGAAAAGUUGCCAGACACAUGCAGGAGAUGACAUGGUUAAAAACAACGCCAUGGACUUAUCAAUAGAAGAUACAAUUAAAAACAUGGAUUUUGAAAUAGGAGUUAAUGUUGUUGGUGUACAUGAACGUAAUGUUAAUGAUGAAGUGAAUGGUAAGCAGAAAUCAAUGGUAAUGACAUUCAAACAUAUAAAAGACUCAACCUCGGUAUUAUGUUGUUUACCAAGUGCAAUAAGGUCAACCACAAUGUGGACAGUGAGUGCAAACAUACAACCAGAGUUAGCUAAAGAAAGCGCAUGCAGAAAGAAACGACGGAAGUAUAAGCAUAGGAGAAAAGAAUAAAAUAAUUGUGUAUGUUAAGUUGACUUAUUUAUUUCAUAUGUUUUGAAAAUAUAAUACUUUUGUUAAAGAUUAUGCAGUUAACAUGUUUAUUUUGUGAAAUAAAUUCCUUUUAAGCAAU